AAGUUUAUUACGUGUAACAUUGUAAACAGUUUUUAAGUUGCAAAUGAAGUAUCCGUAUGACUGAAAGGUACAGAGCGAUAUAUAACCGCAAUAAGUGCGUUUUGAAGUCUGUAUAGUGGUGGUCUCACUGACGUGUUUGGCCGAGCUAACUUACUCGGGCUUCUUGUCUUACUUUCUCACAGCUUUGCUGUUAAUGAAUCGGUAUGACAAAGUAGCAAUCGUUUUUAUUGGACAAGUGACGUUCAUAUGCUAGCAUACUAGGAAGGGUAUUAAACAGCAGCUGUCCUUAAAAUCAACAUCUUUGAAUGUCUAUAUUGAUCGCCGCACAUCUUGUUAGCACAUUUUUGCCGCUGGAGUUAUCAAGCAGGACCUCGGGCAUACAGAAGGUAGAUGAUAUCAUCAAAGCAAAUGUCCAUCACCAAUGUUGCCAUGGUCACUAUGAUCAUGUUACUGGCUUCAUUUGCCCCAAAAACACAGAUGUGCGAAUUUUCAGCGUUGAAAUCCCCUUACAACAAAGACUACGCAUCAUCUGUUAACGAUGUUAUCACUUCCRGCGAAAAAAUCGCCACCUAUCACGUGGUCUCUGAAUUUCAGUGCGGAGAUCACUGCCUACGUAACAACAACUGUCGUGCAUACAACUAUCAGUUCAAGGCUAAGCCAGGUCAGCGCAUGUGUGAGCUUUUCAGUAGUUAUAAUCUUGAUCAAAACGACAGCAAAGACGGGUUUACUUACAGGCUAUACAAUAGAAUCGAGCAAUCAAAGAUACUAAGCCGCGAUGGCUGUUUACAUUGAUUAUACGACUACAAUUCCUCCUGCGCAGUGUUGCUGAACCAAAUUUCUAAAGAACGUCGUGGACUUCAUUUUCCAUUUCCACCUUCUAAUCUCAGUAUUACAAUMAGUUAACGUACGCGUUUUGUAAAUAGAAAAACAUCAAGAAACUACACAAAUAAUAAUAUAGUAGAAUACAGUCGACUUCGUAUGCCAACACUAGAGAUUAACUUAAUUAAGCUACCCUCUUAGACCAUCGUAUUAAAUGAUUCCAUUAGUAGUUUAGUAAUUCCUGAUUGGGGUAGUCUAUUCCAGUCAAAGUUCUUUUGUUAUACCAAGAUGUUGAUCCCCUAAGGAGUAGCGCAACCAAUCAGAAUUCAAGACUUUCCAUGCAAAUAAGGAGCGCAUUAGWGCGCGGGAAUAAAACAAAACAAAUAGUCAUUUUGAAAUACUUGUKUCUUACCGAACAUAUUUUCUACCACYCGCAAUGCACUAGUCCUUGCUGGAAGAGUAA